AAUGGAGAAGAUUGCCAUGUUGGUGGAAGACAUAAAGAAUCUGAAAGAGAAGGCUUAUGUAAACAUUCAUACUGAUGUGGCUAACUCCAAUGAUCACAACUCCAUUGCGCAAGAAGAGGAUGAUGAUUCUAGCAAUGCCUUGUCAUGGAUGAUUGAGAAGAAGAUAAAUUCACAAGAUGGUUUACCAAUUUAGUGUGUUGUUAAGAAGGAGAAAAAAACAAGUAAGGCUAUGGAGACGAAGGUGUGUAAGACCAUUGAUGUGAAUAAGAAAGGAAAGAAAGAUGAAGUGCCACUAAAGAAAGUGAAGAAGGAAAAAGCAAUUGUGAUCCCAGAACUGAAUGACAUAUCCAUCUCUUCAAAAGACUGGCAGCAGCAUUUGCAGUGGGAAAAGAGUGAAAAGUGUAGAGAAGCGAUCGAAGCACUUACUUCAAUUUUGGUGGAGCCUACACGUAGAAGAAAACCCCAGUUGACGAAGACUCAGCAAUGGCCGUUCGUAGGGAAUUCAACUGUCAAGCGUAUAAUCACUGGUGUCACUCCAUCUACUGUGUCUUAUGACCCAUUUGCUAAGGUCGAGUCACAGAAAUUGACGAAAGUUAUGGACUUCAUUAAGCGAGAUUUGGCCCAAGAGGAAUCUGGCUAUGGUGAGUUUAGCGCUAAGUUUUACUUAAAGAUAAUGGUGCCAAGAAAUGUCUGGCCAACUGAAAAUUACGGCUGGCUGUGUGAUUCAGUGAGUUUUUCUAAUCUGAUUAUGUGGCUUCACUAGAGUAAUGGCUUACAGAUUUUAAGUAGUUGUUUUUAUUUUUACAGCAGCUUGCCGCAGCAAUGCUCAUGUUUCACAGACGUUCCAUGCAAUCCUCUUCUCCAUAUGCCUCCCGUCGAAUUGCAUUUCUAGAUCGGUGGUUUGUGAAAUCAUGGGUUAAUGACUUUGAGAAACAGGACAAGAACUCAAUUGAGUUGUCAGAUAUGUACAGCAAGGCUUUCAACGGAGAAUACCCGGAGCAGUUUGUGACUGGUAAGAAGUGGUUUAAAGAUGUUGACAGCUUGUUCCUCUGCCACAAUAUUAAUGGAAACCACUGGGUUGCUCUACACAUUGAUUUACUUAAGUCAACAAUCUAUGUAUAUGAUUGUAUUCCGGAUGUGAUGAAGGCUCAUAAGGACCUGCAGGAAGAGUGCAGGCCAUUCACGAAAAUGAUUCCUUUGAUUCUUAACAAGAUGCUGCCUCCAACAAAAGGAAAGAAGUCUGAGCAGCAGUUUGCCUUACGUAGGCCCAAGAAUGUUCCCCGGAAUGAUGACCCAGGAGAUUGUGGUGUGUACUCUUUGAAGUACAUUGAAUGUCUGGCUAUUGGAUGUAAUUUUCAUGGCUUAAGUGAUGAGAUCAUACCAGCACAAAGAAUGAAGUUGGCAGCUGAGAUCUAUGAAGAGGUUGAUGUUGAAGGAUCGAUUUAAAUGUUGCUGUCUGUUGUCGUAUUAUGUAUAACUUGGAUGAUUUUUUUUGUAAUAUCUCAGUACUUGUCGUAUUAUGUAUAACUUGGAUGAUUUUAUUUUAGUACUUGUAGUAUUUCAGUUUUUAUCGUAUUGUGUAUAACUUGAUAAGCCUUGCAUAAUAUUAUGGCAAUCAGAAACUAAUGAUUAAAGCAUCAAAGUAAAUGAAAAGUAAUGCAGCACCAAAGAUCAAAGUGCAAAAGUAAUGCAACACCAAAUAUCAAAGUGCAAAAGUAAUGCAACACCAAAGAUUAUACCACUGAAUGUAACACUAACCUAGAUCAAAAAAAUCACUUAAAAGGACAUGUUUUAGAAUUAUGUCCCGUCUGGUUACAAAUUCUACAUGUGUGUUCCUUCCUUGGCCGCUUUUUAUCUGCAACUUUCUCCAAAAUAGAUUUAUGUCUUGAUUUUUUUGGUCUUCCUGGUGGUUGACGGACAUCAGGUGGUAAACAGAUUUUCUUUGCAACUUCAUCUGGAAUUGGAACAGCAUCAUCUUUCGGCAUAACUGCAUUGGAAUAUGCAUUGUAAAGGUACUA